UGGCUGCAUUGGAAACUUAUCUUACAGCUCAACUUCGAAACUUUUAAGUUUAUUUUUUUGGGAUAUCAAAGAAGCAAAUCCAGACAUCUAGUGACCUUGAACAAGGAUUUUUCUUUAUUUCUCUCAAAUAAGAGGCUGUCGUCCUUUGAGAGGCUUGGAAUCUACUCUAAAAGCUGGUCUGAACCGCAUAACCCUUGUUUCUUGUGAACUCGGCAGGAUUUUAGCAAAAUACUCCGGGGUUUUUGCAGCUUGUUUGCUACAUAGUGAUCAAAAUGUCUCGAUCGCCUUCUCAGGGAUCAAAUAAGCCACCACGAACUGGGGGACAGUCAGCUUCUCGGCAAUCUGAGAAAGGGGCAAUGCAAUCUGCUAAGUCAAGUUCUGGUAAACACUCAGCUUUAUCAGUGAUCGAAUCUGUUGUAAAUCCAAAUCACAAUCCAUUCACCAUUCCACAUGAUAAUGAUGUAUUUAUGCUACGAGACAAAGAAAGACAAAAAAAGAAACAGGAAAGAAUCCAGCAGCGAAGUUUAAAGGUGCAUGAGAAGACAACAUACACAUCACGUGUCAAUGCCAAAACAGCUACAAUGAGAAAAAUAGGUGAUGAUGACGAUGGCGAUGACUUUGUUGAGGAAGAGAAAAAGAAAGAAAAGGAUGGUGUGAUUGCAGUGAAAGACGACCCUCAAUUUACUUUGGCAAUUACAAGAGAUCGGCAUGUGGAGAAAGAAAAUUUGGCAGACUUCAUUUCAAAGAAAAGGGAAAUGUUUUUAGUGCAGUAUUCUUUAGGUGUGAAGCGUGAUGAAAUGAGGAAACUGGAAGAAAUUGCCCGGGCAGAAGAAAAGAAGCUUGAACUUGCAGAGCAAUACCUCGAAGAAGAUGCUGCAAUGUUUGAUGAGUUUUUAAAAGAAAAUGACAAAAACUCAGUUGAAGCUAUCAAAAUAGCUGAGGCUGAAACAAAGCUCAAACUUGAAAAAGUGGCUGAGAUAAAGAAAAUCAAUGCUCAAAUGAUGGCAAUUAAGAGUGAAAUAUCUAAAAAUGAGGACACUAUAAAAGAAUAUAUGUUGUACAAACAGUUCUUGGACUCCCUUACUCCACAGGAGUGGAAAGAUGAUAAAAGAAAAGCCAAAGAGGAGAAAAAGAAGGCAAAGCAGAGGGACAGAAGUUCGGUGACAAAAAAGAGAAUCUCUAUAAUCAGCUCUGACAGAAACUCCAGCCGAGGCAGCCGUAAAGACAGUAGGACAAGCUCGAAAUUAGCAGGAAGUCCUCAAGGGAAGAUGCAAAGGACUGAAGCAGAAGACAGUUCAGCUUCUGUUUACGAAACUGAUGAAGAGGAGAGCGAUACUGAGCCAGACUUGUAUUUUGGCGAUCCUCACCAGCUCCUCGAUAUCUUCGCCGAACUAGAAGAACAGAAUUUAUCUCUUAUUCAAAACAGUCAAGAAACCGAAGAAGCCUUGGAGGAACUUCGACAGACAAUUAAACAGACACAAGACCGAAUGAACCGCGAAACUGAGAUUCUCAAAGGCCAGAUAGAUUUUUUGAAUGAUGCUAUAAAAAAAGAAGAAGAGAGAGGAAAAGAACUGGAAAUGAAGUCAAAAAUGUUUUCCUUUGGUGAAUUUAAAGCUGAAGACCAGGAAAAAAUGCUUCAAAUGUUGAACAAGAAAGUCGAAGAGGUUUAUCGAAAUUGCAUAGGAGAUAACGAAGCCAAUAUCAGUACUCUUCAGAUGCUAACAAAUAUUGAAAAUCGCCUGGAAGAGCUGUUCGAACAAAUAGAAGUCAUGCCUCCAGACCGAGUAGAAAUGGCAGAAAAGACAAAAGAAAAAGAACGACGCUUGCGCCUACGUGAAGAGAAAAUGGAACAACAAAGACAGCAUCAAGAGGACCGAGUGAGGAGAGCCCUGGAACGAGCUCAAGCUGAACCGAAGAAAAAGACUGGUAAACCACUGAUGUUCCGAUCCGAACCACCACAGACGCGAAGAAAACAGCAGGAUGCCGACAAGAAACAAGACAAAGAGGAAGAGGAACUUAAAUAUUUUUUUACAUAAACGCUCUUCUGCUGUAGAUUCCUUGAAAUUAUGAUUCUUACAAAAACUGGGACGCGAAAAAAACAAAAUCGCACGAGUUCGAGAUAAAUUGUAACCCAAACUCUUGUAAAUUGUAUACACAUGCAUGUGAAAUGUUUAAUAAACUCAAAGCAAAACUUUGCUCCUAUU